AUGGCUCCCUCAGCCACGAAUACAGAAUGGGACCAUGGGUUCAACACUCUCCGUCGCCAGGAUCUCUUCCGCAAUCCUCCGAAAGACCGCAGCGCGUACCCCGCGCUGCAACUGGCCGUCAAUCCCCACAUCGAGUCCUUCAAUGGCAUCUUUCGCGACGACGGCAAGCCUGGGCUGCUGGCGCACGGCCUCGCGGAUAUUGGGACCAAGACGUUCCUUGACGGCGACGAUAGGACCGGGCCGGAAGGAAAGAACACACUCAGCAUCCGCGUCAAGGAUGUAACUCUGCAAAAGCCCCAGGUCCCGCCCUCGAAUAAGUUGGCGCGCAACAGGGAGAUUUUCCCGGCGGAGUGCAGGGAGAGGCACGUCUCAUACAGAGGAAGACUUUCCGCGACUUUUGAGUACUCAAUAAACGGAGGCGAUCCCGUCGAGUUUGUUCGGGAGCUGGGCCAGAUGCCGAUUAUGAUCAAGUCUAACCGUUGCCAUCUCGAAAACAACUCUCCCGCCUUGCUAGUCCAGCGCAAGGAAGAAUCCGAAGAGCUUGGAGGUUACUUCAUUGUCAAUGGCAUCGAAAAAGUCAUUCGGUUGCUCCAGGUCAACAAAAGGAACUUUCCCAUGGCCAUCCAGCGACCGAGCUUCCAGAACCGCGGCGCGGGUUACACUCCUUACGGUAUCAUUCUUCGGUCCGUACGGCCGGAUGAGACGUCGCAGACCAACGUUCUGCAUUACCUCAAUGACGGCAACGUCACGUUCCGAUUCUCGUGGAGGAAAAACGAGUACCUGAUUCCAGUCAUGAUGAUCCUCAAGGCACUUGUGGAGACGAACGACCGCGAAGUCUUUGAGGGUCUCAUCGGCCCCAUUGGUUCCAAAGCGACCGAGAACACGUUCUUGACCGACCGAGUCGAACUGCUCCUGAGGACAUACAAGGGCUAUGGGCUGUACAGCAGAGCGGAGACGCGAGCCUAUCUUGGGCAAAAGUUCCGAGUCGUCUUGGGUGUUCCCGAAAACAUGUCUGACUACGAUGUUGGCACCGAAUUCUUGCGGCGCAUCGUUCUGGUCCAUCUCGGCAAUGUGGACGUGACGGAACAGCAGGACCAGGACAAGUUCCGCAUGUUGCUGUUCAUGACCCGCAAGCUCUACGCGUUGGCUGCCGGAGAGUGCGCCGUGGACAACCCUGACGCGAUUCAGAACCAAGAAAUCCUGUUGGGCGGCUUCCUGUACGGGCAGAUUCUCAAAGAGAGAAUCGACGAAUUCCUCAGCGUUGGCGUUCGUGCGUCGUUGAGAGACUACCUUCGCAGACACCCGACCAUUCCCUUUACAUCAGACGACUUCCGCAAAGAUUUCCCGACGACAAUCUUCAGAAAGGCCAACGAGAACCUUGGCAACGCGCUCGAAUACUUCCUGUCUACCGGCAACCUACAGAGCCCCUCCGGAUUGGACUUGCAGCAGACGGCUGGUUUCACCGUCGUUGCCGAGAAGCUCAACUUCCUCCGCUUCAUCAGCCACUUCCGCAUGGUGCAUCGUGGCGCAUUCUUCGCCCAGCUCAAGACAACGGCCGUGCGAAAGCUGUUGCCGGAGUCUUGGGGCUUCAUGUGCCCGGUCCACACUCCCGAUGGUGCGCCGUGCGGCCUGCUCAACCACAUGGCCCACAAGUGCAAGGUAAUGACGGACUCACUGGACGUCUCCAAGCUGCCUGCCCUGGCAAGGGAGCUCGGCAUCGUCGAGACCUCUUCAGCUUCGACGGACGAAAGCGUGGUGGUCAUGCUGGACGGCAAAAUUCUCGGCUGGUGCACGCCAAAGGAGUCGCUACGCAUUGCGGAUUGCUUCAGAUACUGGAAGGUCGAGGGCACCCACGGCGUCCCGCUGCACUUGGAGAUUGGCUAUGUGCCGCCGUCAAAUUCAGGCUCGUACCCCGGAAUCUACAUGUGUUCGACGCCGUCCCGCAUGGUCCGGCCGACCAAGUACUUGCCGCUGCAGAAGGAGGAUUUUGUCGGGCCAUACGAGCAACCGUACAUGGCCAUUGCGGUCGUGCCGCAGGAGAUCGAAUCUGGUGUCAGUACUCACGUCGAGUUUGAACCCACAAACAUGCUCUCCAUCCUGGCCAACAUGACACCCUUCUCCGAUUUCAACCAAUCCCCGCGUAACAUGUACCAGUGCCAGAUGGGUAAGCAAACCAUGGGUACCCCAGGCACAGCCAUCAGGUACAGAACAGACAACAAGUCGUACCGACUGCAGACUGGACAAACGCCGAUCGUACGCGCACCCUUGCACAACGCGUACGGCUUCGACAACUUCCCCAACGGCAUGAACUGCGUCGUGGCCGUCAUCUCAUACACUGGCUACGACAUGGACGACGCCAUGAUUAUCAACAAGUCGGCACACGAGAGGGGGUUUGGCCACGGUACCAUCUACAAGACCAAGAAGAUCUCGCUCAAGGACGACUCGAGAACAAAGGCGAGCAAGAGCGUAUCCAAAGCCUUUGGGUUCGCCCCGCACAGCUAUGUCAGCGCCGCCUACCAAGGGAUGCUGGACGACGACGGCUUGCCUCAUGUUGGCCGCCUGGUGCAGGAGGGCGACGUCAUCUGCGCGUGGCACACGGUGACGCAGGAUUACAAUGGCAACUUUGUGAACCUCGACGGCAUCACACACUACGAAAAGUACAAGGAUGCAGAGACGGGCUUCGUCGAAGAAGUGCGGCUGAUUGGCGCAGAGACGGGAUCCGAGCCUCUGCAGACUGUGUCGCUGAAGCUCCGCAUCCCGCGUUCCCCCAUCAUCGGCGACAAGUUUUCGUCGCGUCACGGUCAAAAGGGUGUGUGCUCGCAAAAGUGGCCGGCGGUCGAUAUGCCGUUUUCCGAAUCGGGCAUCCAGCCGGACGUCAUCAUCAACCCGCACGCUUUCCCGUCUCGAAUGACGAUUGGCAUGUUCGUGGAGUCGUUGGCGGGCAAGGCCGGCGCGCUGCAUGGCCUCGCGCAAGACUCGACGCCGUUCAAGUUUGACGAACAGAACACGGCCGGGGAUUACUUUGGACACCAGUUGAUGAAGGCGGGCUACAGCUACCACGGGAACGAGCCCAUGUAUUCGGGCAUCACAGGAGAGGAACUGGGCGCGGACAUCUACGUCGGUGUCGUGUACUACCAGCGACUGCGACACAUGGUCAACGACAAGUACCAGGUUCGCACGACGGGCCCCGUGGUGCCGACGACGGGCCAGCCGAUCAAGGGCAGGAAGAGGGGUGGCGGUAUCCGAGUCGGUGAGAUGGAGCGCGACGCACUGUUGGCACACGGAACGGCUUUCCUGCUGCAAGACAGACUCCUCAACUGCUCGGACUACUCCAAGUCAUGGAUCUGCCGGCGCUGCGGCUCGUUCUUGUCGGUGCAGCCGACAGUGUCGCAGUUUGGGUCGUCGAAGAAGAAGGCGCCGAGCAUGGUGCGGUGCCGCAGCUGCGCGACCAAGCUGGACGAGACGGAGGGCAUCGACCUGACGGAGAUUCAGGGCGAGAUCUGGGAGGACGGGCAAGGCCACUGCUGGGUCGGCGGCGACCAGACGACGCAGGUGGUCGUGCCGGGCGCGCUCAAGUACCUGGACGUGGAGCUGGCGGCCAUGGGCGUCAAGCUCAAGUACAGGAUCGGGAAAGACGACGAGCCUCGCAAGGGGCCGAUGCGGCCGAUGGCGACGCCGAAGCUGAUCAAGGCAUAG